UUCAUUUUCUCGUCUUGUACGCAGAAAAAUAUAAAAUUUUCGCUUUUAAAAGUAAAUAAAAUUACAAAAAAUAGACUUAAGACUAAAGUGGACACAAUGUGCUAUACGGGUAUAUAAGAAUUGAGUAUUUUUCGUAAUUAUUUUCAUCUGAAAAUUGCAAGUGAAAAAUCGAAGUAUAAUUUCUGUCGUUGCCGCAGCAGUUGGUUAAGAAAAACGGAAAGGAAGAGAAGCAAAGGAACAUUAAAGAAAAAAGUUCACACAGUGGUAAAAAAGUUUAAAGAAAUGUGCGUAACUGUCGACGAAAAAUACUAAGAAAUUAUCAUAAAAUAUAGAAAACUAAUUUAUUUGGCGUGUUUUGUGGAUACAAAGAUUAAAAUUUUCAGAGAAAUAACUUAACACCACAGCCCUCACAAAUUUUUUUAUGCGAACAUGAGCUAUAAUCAGAAGCCACCUGGAGCCGGCGGCAGCGGCAUGGGAGGAGGGAUACCGCCAAAUGGGCCGAAUAAUCAGCAGGUUGCAAAAACUUUAGCUGGUAUACAACAGCAAAUGCAGAAUUUGGUUCAUGGCCAAAAUACGUUGCCGCAAUCAUCGCAGGCUGAGCUAAAUGUAUUUCUGCAACAACAACGUUUUCAAAAUAUGUUGAAGCAGCAGCAAUUAUUACAUUUUCAAAUGCAACAUCAGCAGCAACAGCAGCACCAACAACAACAGCAACAUCAGCAAAAAGAUCGUGGCGGCGGUAGCGUAGGAAUUGGUGGUGGCGGAGGAGGCGGUGGUGAACCAUUAGCACUCACCAGAACUCCAGCCGCCGCUGAACUCCUAAAUAAAACGUUUCAACAGCAUCAGCAACAACAGCCGAAUGGUAGUGCUGGCGCACCUAAUGCUGCACUGAAUCAGUUUCAACAGCAAUUGCAGGCGCUGCCAACAAAUAUCAUUCAACAAUUGCAAACAUUGCAAUACCAAAUGCAACAACAUCAGCAGCAGCAACAACAUCAGCACCAACAUCAACAACACCAACAGCAUCAGCAACAGCAGCAGCAUCCGGCACAGGCAGCGCAAGCUCAACACCAUCCAACCCAUCAACAACCGCCGCCACCAUCACCACAACAACAGCAGCAACCUCAACCCUUGUUAACAGCACACCAACAGCAACAACUACAUGGACAAUUCCAACAGCAACAACAAAAGGCACUCCAACAAUUCCAACAGAGCUUACGUUAUUUCCCUACAGCUGCACCCACACAACCAUCAGCUGCACCGCAACCCACACCCAGUGGCAAUAAAGGUGGUAGCGGCACUGCAUCAGCACAGCCACCACCGCAAGCUCCACCACCAACCACAGCAAUUGGGAAUCAACUAAAAGCUCCAAAUUUGCCGCCUAGCACACAAAUCACACCGGUGCCAGGUAAUGUGGGUAUGAUACCCGGCAGUGUGGCGCAACAAGCGGCCAAAAACACUUCGAGUAGUGUUCCAGUAACCACGCCAACCACCGCUGCGAUCUCCAGCGGUGGUGGCAUCAACUCCAACCCAACUGUCGCCACAAAACAGGCUCCAACGCCCUCCAUUUCAUUGCUACCGGCCAAACCAGGGACGUCGACCGCAGCACCAACAGCCGCACAUCAACAAAACAAAUUUGGCGCUGGUAAAACAUCACCAGUUGUCAGUGCUAUACCACCACCAUUCCCUACACACUUUCAGAAGCCGUCAGCUGUAUCGUCUAGUGGAAAUGCUACAGCCACUACCAACAUAGCAUCAACGGCUAAAGCUGGUGGUUCAGCGCCUACCGGUUCGGCAGCUAUGCAAUCUAGUGCCUCAACAACGGCUGGAUCGAAUAAGGCACCACAGCAGCAGUCCGUCAAUCCUGUACCGCUUACGAAACAAGCAACGUCAACACCAUCACCGUUGUCGGCUUCACAACUGCCAGCAACAACUGGCGCACUUACAGCUUCUCCGGCAUUAACUACCACCACAGCACCAACCACUGCAAGCAGUGGCAUCUCAAGUGGUACAAAUCAAGCUACAGCAGCACAGAAGGCUAUCAAUUCAAUACCGAACUCGACUGUGACCACUGGUGCCAAUAUUACUCAAUCUACAAAUGUCGAUAAGAAUAUUAAGGGCGCUACAACUGAAACGACCGAAGCAGUUAAAGGCGCAGAAAAGUCGAACGAAACGUCAGCAAAAGCAAAAGAGGAGCAAUCCACGGCUUCAGUCACACCAAAACCAGCUGUAACAGAGACGAAAACGGAAAAGAUUGCUGAUUAUACAGCUGCCAAAGACACAAAUGCUGUUAUGUUGGCGGAUGCCAAAGCUAUGAAACCGACUGACACGGAAAGUGUGGCCGAAAAGUCAAACGCUACUGUGGAUAAUAAAGCGACAUUAGAUAGUGUAAGUGGCAUUACGGUUGGAAGUGAGAAGGUCAGCGAUAUGAAGAUAGAUCAAAGCAAGCCACUUGUUGUAAAGGACCAAGACAGUAACACCAAGGCCGAGUCUAAGACUGAUCAGGGCAACAAAGGAGAAGAGAAUAAGAGCGCCAAGAAUUUGGAGUCAUCUACAGAAACAACUGGCAAAGAAGAAAAAAACCUACCUGCAACUAAGGAACCCGAAGAUACAAAAACCGUGGAGAAGACCAAUAAAUCGGCUGCGUUAGCAACUAAAGAAAGUAAUGAAAAUGCUGAACCUAAAGUGACGACAGCACCUCAAGAUACUGAAAAAACGGAUAACCCCAAGAUAAAGCCUGAAGAGUUUGUGACUAAUUCAGACAGUGUAGCCAAUAAACAGAUAAGCACUGAGAAGAAAGAAACUUCAAAUGCAAUAAAUGACGCUAAAACAGCAGUGGCUGCCGCAACAAUCGCGGACUCGAAACCAAAGGCCAAUUCAGCCACAAACGAGGUAGAUAAGCGUCAAUCAGGCAAUGCACAUAUAAUCGCUGAGAAGCCUAGAGAAGAGAAAAUUAAAAAUACAAAGUCAGAAAAGGCAUCCGCAACCGCUGCUCAAGCAAUAUCGUCGGCCGCCGAUCAAUCAACGCAGAGCAGCAACGCCAGCAGCAACAAUAACCAUGCCACUGCAAAGAGCACAAAAACAAAAGCAGCCGAAGCUGCACCAGAUUCUACAAAUAGCGCUAUCACCGACGCAACUAGCACACCACUUAAGCGUUCAAGUCGUCAACCGAAAACGGCAACCAAAUCAUCGGAGAAGGCAACGGUUGAGAAAACCGAAAAAGUAUCGAGCAGCAGUCGUUCGCGAAAGUCGAAGAAUGGUGUUAGCAGCAGCAACAGUAACUCCACCGUCGAUGUGCCCGCCACACCAAUGACACCCAAACCCGAGCAAGGACCCAGCACCAGCGCCAAUGAUCGCAAGAGCUCUCGUCACCGUCUCAAAACCAUACCUUUUCAAAGUCCACUGCCUGAAUUGGCAUACAUCACAAAAUUGUCAGCCAGCGAAGCUUCCAAUUCACCAAAGCCCAUGUCCAUGGAAGACAAAUUGAUUGUUUUCUACAAAAAUGAAUAUAUGGCGGUGCGCAAUGCAGAAGGUACUUUCUACUUAUGUCAAACGAUGCAGAAUGUUUAUCGUACAUCGCCACGCAUUAGCAUUCGUUGGCUAUCGGAAGAUCCGAAUAACAGUGGCAUUUAUAUACCUGAUUUCUAUGAUCACACCGACAUUGAGUGUGUGCUCACAACAGUCGAACUGAAACGAGUCGACAAAGGUCAUCUCAGUUUACCGAAAAAGGAGCAGGCACGCAUAGAGAGUAUACUCAAAAAGGCUAUCGAUGUAGAGAAAGGACUGGUGCCAAGACCUGAACUCACAGAAGAGAAUCCCGAUGGGCUUGAUCUAUCAUUGUACAAAGAUGAAUCUCAAAUUGAAAAGAAAUCUGCGACGGGCACAACUCCCACUGCUAUACGUAAAUCUCGUCGCAGUGGUAAUAAUGAAAUGGGCACACCAACAACUGCUAAAUACAAUACAAGCGCCUCUUCAUCAGCCACGUCUGCUGCGAAGCGCCGUAAACGGGGACGUGCAAGUAUCGCCAGCGGUGCUGCUGGUGAUAACGGUGUGAAAUCUUCGGCAAAGAAGAGGAAAUUGGCCACCAAACGUAAAUUGAAAUCAAAGAAGUCGUCAACUACAGACGAGGAAAACGACAGCAGCGAUGAUUCUGAUGCAGAAUAUAAACCAAAUCAAAAGAAUACAGGAACCGCUUCAAAGGCGUCACCACGAGCACAGCGCUCACCAUUGGCAAAGGCUAGGGCGGCAUCGCCAAUUAGUUCGACGACAGCGCGUACUAAAAACCUGCCUGCAAAGUCGAUUCCAACGGCUAGCAGUCGUGGUGAACGAGCGAACAAACGCAAAGCGGCCACAGACGGCGCAGCAACAACGGAUAUUGCACCAACUCCAACAAAGAAAGCUGGCGGUGUUACAACAACUGCUCCUGCUGCUGCUGCUGCUACUCCAGCAACCCCAAAUGCCUCAAAAACAACCAAUUCAAAAAGUAAAACAGCUCAAGAUGGUACAACCGAAGCGAACAAUAGUAGUGCGUCGAUUACCAAAAAGGUCAACAGCAGCAGCUCAGUGGAAACCAUGAAUGUGGUUAGUAGUACAACAAAUGCGAGCAACGCAACAACACCGGAGCAAACCACAGCUGCCACCUCAAGCAACAGUGGCGGCGGUGGCAAUGGCGGUAGUUCGAACAGUAAUCGGCCGACCAGAAGUCGGAAAUAGAAACUAUAAUUAGUUAGGAGAGAGUAAUUGUAAUUUAUGAAUAGUAGUGUUAUAAUGCAGUUAUCGCAUUCCCACAAAAGAGAAUCAACAAUUUCAAUACGCUCGGAAAUCACAGACACAUACUCAUACACGCAAUAGCACAGCAGCAGCAUUAAAAAAAAAUUCUUUUUAAAGCGAAAUGGUGGCAUUUAAAAGAAAUCCGUUUAAAGCAUGGUGCAAGAUGUCAAUGCUUUCUGUGGCGCUGCUAAUCUGACCAUAUAGCAAAUCUAGCAAUAAAUUUAAACAGCAAAACGUUCGAACAAAGUGUACAUUAGUUUUAGAAUGUAUGUAAAAAAAAAAGAUAUAGGUAUAACACAACACAGACAAAACUUCAGAUAGGACACAAAGGGGCGUAGAGUAGGUAUAUGCAUAAAUCGAAAUGAUGUUGAUAUAUAUUACUUUCAAAUUAAAAAUUUUCUUCCAUUAAAUGCUUAAUUAUGUGCUAUUUAGUAAGCAAAUGUGUUUUUGACACUGAAGAAAAAGUUCAGCAUAACAAAUUGCAAGUUAUUGCUAAUAUCAGAGCUGGACUUGCUUGGCAUUAAAUAACUUUUUUUUUUUGAAAACUACAGUGUUUCGGCAAAAUAUAGUGUUAACCACGUAUUCUAUAUGUAUAUUUCUAAUGAUUUUUUUUUUUUGUUUUGUAGGAAGUGUAAAAUGAUUAUAUAUUAGUUAUUCUUGUUUUUUUUUCUUUUUUUUACUUUUAUGUAUAAAGCCACAAUAGCUACGGAAAACGUUUGAUAUUAAAAAAAGGUAAAUUUUUUUCAUUUAUGCAAAAUGACGUGCGCGUUAAAUGAACACAAUUCGCAUUUGUAGGUUAGAUUGUCGUAGAGAAGAAAGCUAUUGACCCGAUAACUUGCAAUACGCAUAGUUUGCGAAUCUUAGUGAAACGUAACAAACACAUGUAAAUAAAUACUAUUUCCACGUACUUCACACCGCUGCUUUCGUUUUCGAAUAAUGCAAAAAAGGCGGCGCACAAAGUUAUUUACGGUACGAGCGUCUAAACCCGAAGAAAUGCAGCGUUUUUUGUUUCAAAUUUAUUUAAGCUAUUAUGAGUUACAGCAGAAACUUUUAAAUUUCGUUGUAUUAAAAAAUAAUAAUUUAUGAUUUAAGAUUAAUCGCUUAAAAGAACAAAUUCAAACAAAUAACAAACCCAUACUAUAUCAAAUAUAAAAACUAAAACAAAAAAUACCAAUAUGAGCAUAGUUGCGUUGCUAAUCAAGGGAAACACUGUUAGUAUGUUGAGGCAAUAUUUAUACGGCGAUUUAAUAUCAAAAUAAAAAACUUUAAAUUAAUGCAGGGACGAAAUCAAUAGUUAUUUGUGUAUGAUAAAAGUACUCAUUCCCAUUGGAAAAUUUGCACACAUUUAAACAUAAUUAAAUCGCACAUAUGUAAAUCAGAGAUAGAAAAAAUGUAUAUUACAUUUUACAUCGGUUCGGGUGCAAAUUAUUAUUGACUCGAAAAAUUGAGUAGGAGUGGUAAAGUGUAAAGCAGCGUAUAGCUAUACUGUAUAGAAAACAGUUUAUCUAACAAAAAUGAAGCAUGAAUUAAAAUUACAUAUUAAACUAGCCAUUCAAAUCAUCAUCAAAUUAUAUUGUAGAUUGUAAUGUUUUCGAAAUAUAUAUAUACAUAUACUUAUAUGUAGUUCAUACAACAAUGCACCUAAAACUUGUAUGAUAAAAAUGGCUAAGAGGACAAAAUAA